UUCAUCUUUGUGGCAAUUCCGAACAAGUCGAAGUCGUGGAAGGUAAGUUUCAGGAGUGCAUGUAAAUGCUCCACAUAACUUCAGCCAAGCAAGAAGAAGAUCAGCCAGCUACCACUCCAAGUCCAGUUCCACCCAUCCACUGAUCAUCCACCGAAUGGCUCCUGUGAAGAGGAGUUGUGCUUACAGUCUUUGAAAAGUUGGGAGGAAGAGUACUACAGGAAGAGACUUAGUGAUCCUUUAUCCUACGCAUGUCUCGUCGCAUGUGCCGAUCCGGUGCUCCAUGCGCAGGGCUGAGGCGGAAGCUGCCUUCUACUAAGCCUACUAAAAAUCUAAUCUUCUUCGGGCAAAGGAUCGUGGUACUCAAAGAGGGUCGGGCUCUGUCUCAAAGGAGACGGUGGUGGGGAUCGUUCUCAACGCCCUCGUCCCUCGUCACACUCAAACAUGGAGUUUCCUCCGCAAUUCCCUCAACAACAGCUACCUCCAUUUGAGCUUUAUGGCAGUCUGGUGCGCAGUUCCUUGCGCCUGGCAUGAGUCGAAGGGGGUUGGAACUAGGAGCUUGCUUUCAUUCUAUCAAAGAGAGUAAAAAGGCGUCCCUGAAGGUCGUGCUGCUUAUGAUGGACGAUAGGACUUUGCUUGAUUCGAACUGCAGAUCAAGUGGAUUAAGGGUAGUUUAUCACUAUCUCCAUCCCAUGUGAACUAUGCUGAGUGGAGAGUCCCCUCCUUUGAUUUCUUGAAGGGGACGAAAGAAACUAAGGGCCAAAGAGGGCAACCCACUCGACUCGGGAUCAUAGUGAAAAACUACCUUUGAAAUAUCUUACUUUCAAUUCUUGCUGUAGUCGGCCUUGAGUCUCGUCUCAGUCUAGUUUUUACGGCUACCUUCAGGAAAGAUGGCAUCAAGAGGGGCGGAUCCGUGCAGCCUUUCAGCUCUUCCAAUCUAUUGUUAGUUUGCGAAUUCUAGAGAGCAAUGUUGAUAAAUAUAAUGUGAGGUCAAGGCGAAUGCGAAUCGUCUACUUAAUCGUCAUCGUCAUCGUCUUAGAUGACGAGCACAUCACGACUCAGUAGACGAGAUAAACGAGAAAUACAACUUACUUGCUUUAUAUUGUGUCACGAAUGCCG